CACACACACACAUACAUACAUACCGUCCAUCUUUUCGCCCUCCGUCUCUCCUUCUGCCCGUCCGCACGGACCGUCGACCGCCCCCAUGGCGCAUCCGAGAGGCGGUCCCCUCCCUCCGCUGAAGAGGGCGCUGAUGAAGCCCCAGCAAUAUCGCCGGCUUUAUAGGAGGGAGUUCCUUCAGGCCGCCAUCGAGACGCCCGACAGCGAGGUGGAGCGCCUCCUCCGUGACUCUCCAUCAGUUGAUGUUUCGGCUCUUCGGAAAGCCAUCUUGGCGCGAGCCAGCAAGUCCAUCCCCCCUCGUAGGCGUCUCAUCUGUUGGCUACUUUUGACCGGCUGCUUGCCGGCCCCGCGACAGGCAUGGCCUGACGCACCCGAGCACUUUCUCCAGGAGUAUGAGGAAACCUGCCUCGCUUUGUCGGUGCUGGUUCCCGGCAUCGACGCCGGGAGGCCGGAGUUUCACAUUCCCGGCACCGGGGUGCUACAUUUCCCCAUGGUCCCCGGAGCCGUCUGUACUCCGGCCGACCUGACAUACUGCCAGGGUGAGUGUCAGGCCGACGACCAGUCGGACGAGAUGUCCACCCUGGUCUUGACCUAUGGGGCUUUUUUGACCCGCGGCCUGGCUGCCGCCCUCCCGAAGCACUGGCUGGAGCUCGCUGCGCAUCCCCAUCUACGGGCCAUCGCACGCAUCUUCCUGGAUCUGGCAUGCUCCCACCACUCGUGCAGCCCGAUGACAGCGUGCCCGCCGGCAGCCGACACUGCUCCCGGCAUGUCGGCACGUAGCUUGGCGUUCAUCCUCUUUUCGCGCUUCUGCCAAUCGGAUGGCAUCUUUCCGCUGGUCCCCCCACCAGGCCCGAGCGGAACCGGGGCCUUGAAUGGUCGUGAGGGGGCUACCUCUGGCGCUGGGAUUGUUCCCGGGGGGGCGUCCGUGCCGAAGCUCUUUACCCUGACACCAGCGCGCAUCCAGUGGCUUUCUCGCUUUUGGACAGUCCUCGACCCGUACUGCUCAAUGGCAGUCACCAAGCUUGCCGGUGUGUCGGUGGACAUGUUCGCCACACGAUGGUUCAACACAUACUUUGCCGGAGUGCUGCCCGCAUUGGAUGUCAUUGAGGCGAUCAUGGUCCAUCAGCGUGCUGGGGCAGUGUUGAUUUUCGUGGCGCUGGCCCUUCUGGAAUUCCUUCGCCAGCAACUCCUCACUUCGGUGGAGGUGAUCAUUGCCUCGCUUCAAGAAACGCUGGAACAUAUGGACGACUCGGAUGACGUCCCCGCCAACUGCCUUUCCUGGUUGUCAGAAUCCCUGGCUCCGGUUCCCCUCUUGUUGAAUGUCGAGCACCUGGCCUCCCUGGUGCCCAUCAACCCCACAGACUAUCCACCCCCAAAGACCGGCCCGGGGAAAGCAGCAGCAGCAGCAGCAGCAGCAGCAGCAGCAGCGGUAGCACCACCAACCCCGACAACCGAACCAGCCCAUGCAGGCCCGGUCGCAGAUUCUCCGCGUGCCAGUCCGGCGGCGGCGGUGCCUCCGGCGGCCGACACCGGGAGACCACUGGCCCGUGCACUCAACACCAUGCGGCAGCGCGCCAUCUCAACGCUGGAGGGCUCCGGCUCGGGCGGCGGAGACCUUCACCAUCAUCACCGGCCAGAUUCCCUCCCGACCGGGCCGGUCUCCCUCGGGGUGGGGACCCCGCGCUCGCCGGCCCCGGGCUCCGGUGCCACCUCUCCCGCGCCGGGACGCGCCUCAGGGCCGCCAGUGGCCACUGCCCGGUCGGAGGGCAGCACCCCUGGCUCACCGCGAGCUGGAACGGCGGCGGCCCGCGCCGCGGCCCCCUUUGGCUGGGCCCACCUCCUGCAAGAUAUCGAUCCUGUGGCACAAAGUUUGGCCCUGCGAUCGGUGCUCAUUGUUCUCGGUGUGACUGUUCCGCAAUCGGCCGACUCCGACUCGGAAUCCGAGGGCGAGGAUCUCGAGACCGGGCCCGGCGCCCCCUCGCAGGAGGCCCCCGCCGCCUGGCCGCCUGUCUGCCAGAUCGACUGCGCGACAUCUUCAGAACCUGCUGCUGCCCAUUCACGUGGGGUGGACAUCACGUCCAGGAGGCGCUCGCACAGCGUGUCCAACACCCCGGCGCCUCUUCAGCUGGCAGCUGCCGACGCAUACGCCAUUGUCGCCCGUGGGCUGGGGCUUCUGGCCCAGGCCGAAAGACUUGGCGCUCUGCCGAUCUCGCUGGAGUGA